AUGUCACAACAUUCACCAAUUAUCUUUUCAGGUAUACCUUCAUGUGAAGAUGGAAACCAAAACCUAAGUUUUCACGAACUAUCAAGCUCAAUCCAAUUACUCCAACUCAAACCGACGCCUUCAUCUUCAUUUUCAAUCUCAAGUACAACCGCCAACCAAUUACCACCACGUCAAUCGAUCGUUUCAUUACCUUCGAUCAAUUCAAUCGGUUCAACUAUCAUUUCGAUUGCUGGAAAAGAUGGAAGGAAUGGAUUGAUGGUUUGGACAAGUCUUAAUAAUAAACCAACACCUACUUUAAAGUUAAUUCCUCCUGGAAGAGUGGUUUGUAUUUGUACGAGUCUUUCGGGAAUUUAUUUGGCUGCUGGUUCGAGUGAUGGAACUGUUUUGAUUUGGGAACUUAGCACUGGAAUCCUUUUAGCUAGUUUUGAUGCUCAUUAUAAAUCGAUUACUUGUCUUCGAUUCACGGAUGAUGAUGCUGCUCUAGUCACUGCAAGUGAAGAUUCAAUGUGUAGUGUAUGGUCUUUACCUGCUCUUAUAGAUGAAGGUGCUAAUGCGAAUAUGUCAUAUGCACCUUAUGUAUUGCUUUCGGAUCAUACAUUGCCUAUCUCUGAUAUUCAUAUCUCUCAUGGAACUUUUCCUGAUAUUCGAAUCUUUACGGCAAGUUUAGAUCAAACAAUCAAAAUUUGGACUCCACUCUACCCUUCGUGUCCUCUUCUUUCGACUUUUGCUGUUCCUGGUCCUGCUCAUCACCUUGCAGUUGAUCCAUUAGAAAGAUUUAUCUUUGUAUCUUACCCAAUCACUACCCAAUCCUCUGAAAACCCCUCAACUCAGAAUCCCAAAUCUGGAACACCAGCUACUACAAGUCUUAAAUCAUCUGCAUCUAUUUACUCAGCUUCGACUGUAAGAGUGAUCCCUCUGUUCAGCAAACCAGCACAUGCAGCCCAUCAAGGUGGCGCUUCGUUAGUUCAUUCAUCAAAUGGAUUCAUUCAUCAAACUUUACUGACAGACUCAAGUGAUCCUACUUAUACGAGUCCACAAGAUACAUCUAUCACGGCACUUCAUUUCCCUUCCUCGAUCUGUUCUUCACCUAUGCUUCUAUGUGGUCUCAGUAACGGAAAGAUCAUUCAUCUUUCGAUCCCAUCACUUCAACCUCUUGGCAGUACUGUUCCACGAACCGGUUCGACAGGCACAUUCGAACCUGUAGUUCAUAUCAGUGUAUUUCUUAGACCGAAGGAUUUAAUGAUGAAUUAUUCUGGUAAGACGACUGGAAUGUCAACUGGAAUGAAUCAUAAUCCGUCUAGCCCAUCAUUGGUGUCUGCUAGAGUGAUUGGUAUGUUGGGUAGAAUUAUUGGUAGGAAUGGAGAUAUGAGUCGAGUUCAAUCUAAGCAAGGACAGAUCUCUGAUCAAGUUUUGUUGAAAGAUCGAAAGGUGAUGAUCAAGUUUGGUAGAAAGAUGAAAUACUUCAAUGAUGGGUUUGAAGAUGAUGAAUUUGAUUUACUAGGAUUUAAUCAAGUUUCCAAAUCAACAAGUUUAGUAGUAGGAAGUUUGAAUAGGAGUGAAUGUAUUGGAAUCGGGAAUGGGAAUGGAAGUUCAACAGGAGAGAUGGUGAAGAGAUUACAAGAAGAAUCGAUGAAACUUAAAGAACAGUUAGGACAAGCUUUAAGAUUAAAUGAUGUGAUGUGGAAUGGGAUUGUACAAGGUACAUUGAAAUUGAAUGAGAAUGAGAAUGAAACUGGAUGA